AUGGGAGACAACACGCAGCCAAAUGCCGAGAUGCUUGCCAACAUGAUGCGCAUCUUUCAGAUGAUGGGCGCCGGACCUGGCGGCAUGCCCUUCCCGAGAACGGACAAGCCACCAGCGUCGCAGCUGGCCAUCAGCGAGCUGGAGGACGUGGAAAUCGACCAGCGUACCUCCUCGCCUGCCUCCUCCUCCGAGAGGUUUGAGCGUCGCGGUCUGUUCUCUCGAAUCGUCAUUGACCACUUCCUCCACACAACACUCACCACAGAGGACUUCAAGCUGAAGCAGGACGCGAAGAAGAUGCCUUGCAAGCACAUCUUCCACGACAUGUGCCUCUUGCCCUGGCUGAACAAGAACUGCACGUGUCCGAUGUGUCGUUUCGAGCUGCCCACGCUCGACGCCGACUACGAGGACAACAAGCGAGGCCGGGGUCCGCUCAACCCGUGGGACGACGAGGACGGUGGUGACAACGACCGCUCGUCGAACGCAGGCAGCAGCUCCUACAACCACAUGUUCCUCUGA